AUGCCUCGAGGUGGCGAUGUCGUCGAAAAGAAGAUUGAAGACAUCGUCGGCAACAUGAUGCGCCAAUUGUCCCAACCGGGCGCCUCGUAUCGACAACUCCAGUUGACCGCAAAUCUCGAUGGAACCGAGCCCCGCCUCGGCUACACGAAUACGGCCGCCGGUCUCGAGAAGCUGGCCCGAGAUAUGGCAGCGUUGGCCAAGGUCUACGAACUAUCAAAGACGAACGCUACGGCAACAAAGAGGGACGUCUUCUACGAUGACAAAAUGAUCUACGAGACACAACGGAGGGCCGAUAGCGCUAUCACAAAUGUCUGCGAGCUGUUGGAUGUGGAACGGCAGAAGAUUCGCAUUACGUCAAGCAGCAAAGCGUUCCUCCGUGGCGAACUCACCUUCAUCGAUGAUGAAGCAAAAACAAUCGAUGCCCGCGCCGCGGCGAUCCCAAUAUCCGAGUCGCUGGUGGAGUAUCGUCCAAUUUCAUCGGCUCUAUUCAUCCUCGUCAUCGAGAAGGACGCCACCUUCCAACGACUGAUUGAUGCCGGAUAUUUCAACGUGUUUCCACACUCCAUUCUCAUGACGGGUCGCGGGUAUCCAGAUCUUUGCUCUCGAAAAGUUCUUCGUUUCCUCGGCGAUCGCCUGGCCAUCCCAAUCUUUGGCCUCUUCGAUGCUGACGUGCACGGUCUCUCCAUCUACCUGUCCUACAAAUACGGCUCCGGGAAGUGGCAUGUCGAAUCGAGCGGUGUCGCCGUCCCCAAGAUACAAUGGCUCGGCCUCGGCUUCUCCGACCUCGACAGUUUGCCAAUUCCGGAGGAUCAAUACCUGCCGAUCAAAUUUGCGGAAAAGAAAAGGUUGCGCCAACUCGUCCACCGGGCCACCCAAAUAAACGAACCGGCCAUUGUCAAAGAGGCCGAAAAGAUGCUGGAAAUAGGAAAGAAGGUCGAGCUGGAGGUGUUGACUGGUGGCGCGGGACUCGGCUCACGCUAUAUCGUUACAGACUACUUGCGCAGAAAAUUGUACAACUACCUCCCUCGCGAGCCGAGGCAGCUGGCCGUGGCCAAGGAUCCGAAUGCUUCGAAGGACAAGCAGCGAGAGCUCGUCGGAAAGUACAAACCGACGGCCAAUCGGAACAUCAUCCUGAUAAGACACGGCCAAUAUGUCAUGGAUUCGAAGGAAAAAUCGCUGUCCGAUCUUGGCCGAAAACAAGCCGAUCUGCUCGCCGACCGGCUGGCCAUCACCGGCAUCAAGUUUGACGCGCUCCACAUGUCUCCACUCAAUCGAGCCACCGAAACGGCCGAUAUUUUGCUGCAAAAGCUUCCACCCGAUCUGGUGCGUAAAAUGGAUCCGAUGCUCGAGGAGGGCCCACCGUAUCCACCCGAACCGGCCGCUUAUCACUGGGUACCCUCCACCAAUGAAUUUGUGACAGACGGAAUGCGGAUCGAGGCGGCUUUUCGCAAAUACUUCCACCGUGCAUCGCCGCGCCAGACCGACGAUUCGACCGAGAUUUUCGUCUGCCAUUCCAACGUCAUCCGAUAUUUUGUCUGUCGAGCGCUACAAUUCCCUCCGGAAGGCUGGCUCCGUCUAUCCGUCGCCAACUGCUCGAUCACGUGGCUGCAAAUCCGCCCGAAUGGCCGUGUCACUCUGAAAAGUCUUUCUGAUGUCGGCCAUUUGCCCCACAAGAAAGUCACGUUCGGC